AUGGCUGAAAUAAGCCCCAAACCCGUUUAUAUGGGAAAAGGGUUUAUUUUGAAAUCCGCUAGUAAUGAAUAUAUAGAGAACAAUAAAAAUAGUACAGGUAAUGUAAAAAAGCGAGCAAAAUGUAUAUAUGUAGAUAAAAAAAAAAAUAUAUUUAAAAGAUAUAAUCCAGUAGUUAUUCCAAUAUUGAAUCGGAAUAUAAAAAAUUAUACAAAAAAAAGUGAAAAAAAUAGUGAAAAAAAAAAUAGCGAUAUCGACAUUUUUGAGGAAAGCGAAUUGAAUAGUUUUAUAUUAAGAAAUCGAGCCUUUCGUUUAACAUGGAUAAAAAUUAUUAAAUUAAUAAAAAAAGAAAUAGAUAUACAAAUAUCAAAAAAUUUAAGUGAUGUCUUUGAAGAUAUAUAUUUAUAUUCAAUGUCAUCUAGCGAAUAUCUUCCAUUGAUAUUAAUGACUGCCGGCACAAAUGUUGCUGAUCAUGAAAUUGUUAUAGAUACUUUAUCAUAUAAGUUAAAGAGUUGGGUUGAUAAAAAAGGGAGACAUGGAAAAAAACGGAUUAUAAAAAAUUAUGCUUCCAAAGGUUUAGUUAAAAAUGUUAAAUCAAAUAAUUAUCGCGAUUCGUGUAAUUCAUUUUAUGAUGAUUCAGAUAAAUCAAAUUGUUUGUCUUCUAAAUUGGAAAAAGGUGGAAAUAGUUCAAAAAAAAAAAAAAACAACAACAAUAAUAAUGUAAAUGUAAAUGUAAAUGUAGACAGUGAUUUACUAUCCAAUUCUAGUGAUAUAAUUAAUGAAAGCUAUGAUAGCUCAUGUUAUGACCAUACAGAUAGCGAAGAUAAUGCAAAUUGUGACAAUAACAAAGAUUGUGAUGUGUAUGUGUGCUCAUUAAAUUCAAGCACUUCUAACAAUGUGAAUUCAGCAAUAUGCAAUAUAUAUAAUCAAUUAUAUAAAGAAUAUAAAAUAAGAAAUUUGUUAUCAAAAAAUAAGAAUAAAAAAAAUAUGAAAUAUAAAAAAAAAUACAAUAAUAAUAUAAAUAAAUUUGAAGAAGAGAAUAAAAUGAAUCCACAUUUAUUUUAUUCUGAAAAAAAUGAAGAACCAUUCUCUAAUUCAGAUAUUAAUAAUGUUGAAAAUGAAUUUGAUAAUGAUUAUACAUUAAAUAGAAAAUUAAUAAGUGUUGAUAAACUUGUUGAAUUAUAUAACAAUAUGACUGAGAUGAAUAGAAAAUGUGAAGGUAAAAUAAAAGAAAAUAAUUUCAAAAAAAAUCGUAAAAAAAAUAAAUCAGAUUUAUCAUGGUUAAAUGGGGAAAGAAAUGAGUCUAGUGAUGAUAAUUUUUUAAAAAAAUAUAAUAAUUUAGAAUUAUAUAAUAUUGAAAAUUAUUAUUUUAAUGAUGGACGAAAAAAAGUUCGAGUAAUAGUAUUGAUUCAUGAUUGUGAAUAUUUUAGUAUAAAUAUAUUUAAUGGAAUUUUAAAUAUUUUGAUAAAUUUAAGAAUAAAUAAUAAGAUAUGUUUAAGUGUUAUAUUGGGUGUAUCAUCUCCUUUUUUUUUUAAUAAUAUAACAACACCAAGUACGCAAAGUAAAUUACGAAUAAAAAAUAUAGACAUUUUAAAUAAUAAGUUAGUUUGUGAAAAUAUAUGUGAUAAUUUAUUAUUUAAAAAUGUUAUUCCUUUUGUAGUUAAUUUUAGAACAAUACAUACUAUUAAAUUAUUAUUAUAUAAAAAUAAUCAAUCAAUUAGUCAAUUAAUUCAUAUGCUUUAUAUAUUAACAAAAGAUUUUUAUGAUAAUAAUUUAUUUUCUUUUUUAUCUAUUCCUAUAAAUUAUUAUUUUAAUAAUUGUUGUGAUACUGAUAUUGAAAAUGAUAGUGAGAAUGAACCAGUUACUGAAUAUUCUCCAUAUACAUUUGUAAGAUCAAAAAACAAAGCAUUUAAUAAUUUUAUACAAUAUGAUAUAAGAAAUUUGCAUAAAAAAAUAAUUUCUUUAUGUUAUUCAUCUAAUUUAUAUUAUUUUCAUUUAUCUUAUUUAAAAAAAAAAUAUUCUAACAUCUUAAUCAAAAAUUAUUAUCUAAUACAUGAUGAAAAUUCUGAUGUACACACCCCAACAUCUUCGAGUAUUGACACAGAUGUAUUUACUUUAAAAAAAAAUAAAAAAAUAAAUUAUGACCAAAAUGAGAAUAACCAAUUGGAGGUAAUCGAUAAGUGUAAUGCCCCAACAAAGGUAAACACUGCUAGCACUCUUGGCAAGGACAAGGAAAAAGACAAAAACGGAAUAUUUAGCAAAGACAAGAGCGGAGUGUUUGAUAGAAAAUUGUAUGCAUGGAAAUUUAAAGCUAAUACUAUAAACUGGUGGCUAGAUCACCCUUUCAGAGAUUUAGUAUAUUGUUAUGAAAAUAAUAAUUCGAUAAAAAAAAAAAAAAAAAAAACAGUUUUUAAUAUUGAAGAUAAAUUAUUAUUAGAACCAGGAGAAGAUAAUGAAAUAAAAAAUUUACAAAAUUCUGAAAAUAUAAAAGAGAUAAAUAAACAUUUAUGUGAAAAAUUUAUUCCUGAAACUGUUUUAAAACUAUUAGAAAGAAAAUAUGCAUUUAGUAUAGCUAUAAAUUUGAUUAAUAUUAUAAUUAAGCAUAAACCUGAAUAUAACAAUUCGUUAAAAAGAAUUGAAUAUUUUCGAAAAUUAUUUGACAAUUUAGAAAAAGCAAAAUGGAAUAACAAUACUAAUAUAUUAUAUAUAGAAGAAUUAUAUAAAAUUGCAGAAAAUGAUGUAAAAAAAUGUGUACAUUUUUUAAUUGAUAUUAUUAAUCCAUAUUAUUUUAAGAAUCAAGAAACCCUUUUAGAUAUGUUAAAAGAGUUUAAAAAAUAUUAUAUUCAAAUUUAUUCUUUAGUAUAUAAUUUAGAAGAUUAUCUAUAUUUAUUAAAAGAAAAAAUAUAUGAAAAAGAUAGAGAAUAUUUAAUUAAUGAUGAUUUUUCAAAAACUUUUUCAUAUUCUGAUUCCUUUUCCAUUUAUUAUUCUCUUCUUUACAAAUUAGAUGAUUUAAUAGAAAUGUUUAGAAAAUUUUUGAAACAAAAAGAUAUUGACACGGAUGUAUUAAAAAGUGAAUCUGUUCAGAAAAAUUUUGAUAAUACUGUUGACAUGUCUAAUGAUCAAAAUGGAGAUUAUGAUGAUAACAAAAUAUACAAACGAUAUUUAACAAUACAUAACACCAUGUUAAAGGUAAAUGAUAUGGAAGAUGAUGAUGAUAAUAAUAAUAAUAAUAAUCGAAUAAUUACAAUUCAAGAUAUUUCAGAUUCUUUAAAUAUUUUUAUACAUGAUUAUUUAUAUCUAUUAUUAUUACCACCAUUACAUUAUAACCCUCUUGCAUUUGAUAUAUUGAUUCAUAAACCAGAUAAAGAUUUUACAGAUAUAAUAACAAGAAAUAUAAAAGGAGAAUUGUUACAAACCCUUUGUUAUAAUAAUCCAUAUAAAACUGGAAAUUUAAUGUGUUCAUGUUGUUUUUGUACAGAACAUCCAGAAAAUGAAAAUGUGAAUAGUAAUAUUAUUUGUGAUAAUAAAAUUUAUUUGAAUCCAUAUUAUGAUAAUAUAUCAAGUUUAGAAGAUCUAGUUAACCUUUAUAGAAUUUAUGAACGAUGUAAUAAAACCAUAGAUUUAUAUAAUUUAUUUAUUUUAUUUGUGAAUAUAAAAGUAGAGAAAUAUGAAAAUAUAAUUGAAGAAAAUGAUAUCAGUGAAAAAAUGAAAAAAAUACCAAAGACAGGUCAAAAUUCAUUUAUAGAUAUUGGAAUUUUACAAGAAUAUUAUUUAAAAUUUAUAAUUGUAGUUACAACUUUUUGUUAUAUUUUUAAAAUUUUGAAACAACCUAAUGUAUCAGCUCUAUUAAAUUAUACUGAAAAAGAUGAUUAUUUAUCAAAUGGUUAUAAUGAAGACAUAAUAAAAAAUGAUGAAAAUGAAGAAAAUGCUGAGGAACAAAUUAAAAAAUUCUUAAUAGAUAUUAAGAAAUCAUUACAAGGAUGUACUAGUAAAAAAUUACUAUUUGGAAAAUUGUAUUACAAUAAUACUAUUAUAUCUAGAGAAUUAUGUUUACAAAAAAUGAUGGAAUAUAAUUUUGAGUAUAAAAGAGAAACUAUAUGUGUAAAUGACAAUUUUAAACGCCAAAAAAAUUGA